CACCCCGCCCAUUCCCCCGCUUUCCAGCACCCCGCCCCAUUCUCCCUCUUUCCAUCACCCCGCCCCAUUCUCCCGCUUUCCAGCACCCCGCCCGACUCUCCCGCGUUCCAUCACCCCGCCCGAUUCUCCCGCUUUCCAUCACCCCGCCCCAUUCUCCCGCUUUCCAUUACCCCGCCCUUUUCUCCCGCUUUCCAUCAACCCGCCCCUUCUCCCGCUUUCCAUCACCCCGCCCCAUUCUCCCGCUUUCCAUCACCCGCCCCUUUUCCCGCUUUCCAUCACCCCGCCCCAUUCUCCCGCUUUCCAUCACCCGCUCCAUUCUCCCGCUUUCCAUCACCCCGCCCCAUUCUCCCGCUUUCCAUCUCCCGCCCCAUUCUCCCCGCUUUCCAUCACCCCGCCCCAUUCUCCCGCUUUCCAUCACCCCGCCCCAUUCUCCCCGCUUUCCAGCACCCCGCCCAUUCUCUCGCUUUCCAUCACCCCGCCCCUUUCUCCCGCUUUCCAUCACCCACCCGCCUCAUUCUCCCGCUUUCCAUCACCCGCCCCUUUCUCCCUCUUUCCAUCACCCCGCCCCAUUCUCCCGCUUUCCAUCAUCCCGACCCAUUCUCCCGCUUUCCAUCACCCCGCCCCAUUCUCCCUCUUUCCAUAACCCCGCCCCAUUCUCCCUCUUUCCAUCACCCUGCCCCAUUCUCCCUCUUUACAUCACCCCCGCCCCAUUCUCCCGCUUUCCAUCACCCGCCCCAUUCUCCCGCUUUCCAUCACCCCGCCCCAUUCUCCCGCUUUCCAUCACCCCGCCCCAUUCUCCCGCUUUCCAUCACCCCGCCCCAUUCUCCCGCUUUCCAUCACCCCGCCCCAUUCUCCCGCUUUCCAUCAUUCCGCCCCAUUCUCCCUCUUUCCAUCACCCCGCCCCAUUCUCCCGCUUUCCAUCACCCGCUCCAUUCUCCCGCUUUCCAUCACCCCGCCCCAUUCUCCCGCUUUCCAUCACCCCGCCCGAUUCUCCCGCUUUCCAUCACCCCGCCCCAUUCUCCCGUUUUCCAUCACCCCGCCCCAUUCUCCCGCUUUCCAUCACCCCGCCCCAUUCUCCCGCUUUCCAUCACUCCGCCCCAAACUCCCUCUUUCCAUCACCCCGCCACAUUCUCCCGCUUUCCAUCACCCGCCCCAUUCUCCCGCUUUCCAUCACCCGCCCCGUUCUCCCGCUUUCCAUCACCCCGCCCCAUUCUUCCGCUUUCCAUCACCCCGCCCCAUUCUCCCUCUUUCCAUCACCCUGCCCCAUUCUUCCGCUUUCCAUCACCCCACCCUAUUCUACCUCUUUCCAUUACCCCGCCCCAUUCUUCCGCUUUCCAGCACCCCGCCCCAUUCUCCCGCUUUCCAUCACCCCGCCCCAUUCUCCCACUUUCCAUCACCCUGCCCCAUUUUCCCGCUUUCCAUCACCCCGCCCCAUUCUCCCGCUUUCGAUCACCCCGCCCCAUUUUCCCUCUUUACAUCACCCCGCCCCAUUCUCCCGCUUUCCAUCACCCGCCCCAUUCUCCCGCUUUCCAUCACCCCGCCCCAUUCUCCCGCUUUCCAUCACCCCGCCCCAUUCUCCCGCUUUCCAUCACCCCGCCCCAUUCUCCCGCUUUCCAUCACCUCGCCCCAUUCUCCCGCUUUCCAGCACCCCGCCCCAUUCUCUCGCUUUCCAUCACCCCGCCCCAUUCUCCUGCUUUCCAUCACCCCGCCCCAUUCUCCCUCCUUCCAUAACCCCGCCCCAUUCUCCCUCUUUCCAUCACCCUGCCCCAUUCUCCCUCUUUCCAUCACCCCGCCCCAUUCUCCCGCUUUCCAUCACCCCGCCCCAUUCUCCCGCUUUCCAUCACCCGCCCCGUUCUCCCGCUUUCCAUCACCCCGCCCCAUUCUUCCGCUUUCCAUCACCCCGCCCCAUUCUCCCUCUUUCCAUCACCCCGCCCCAUUCUUCCGCUUUCCAGCACCCCGCCCCAUUCUCCCGCUUUCCAUCACCCCGCCCCAUUCUCCCGCUUUCCAUCACCCUGCCCCAUUUUCCCGCUUUCCAUCACCCUGCCCCAUUCUUCCGCUUUCCAUCACCCCGCCCCAUUCUCCCUCUUUCCAUCACCCCGCCCCAUUCUUCCGCUUUCCAGCACCCCGCCCCAUUCUCCCGCUUUCCAUCACCCCGCCCCAUUCUCCCGCUUUCCAUCACCCCGCCCCAUUCUCCCGCUUUCCAUCACCCGCCCCGUUCUCCCUCUUUCCAUCACCCCGCCCCAUUCUCCCGCUUUCCAUCACCCCGCCCCAUUCUCCCGCUUUCCAUCACCUCGACCCAUUCUCCCGCUUUCCAGCACCCCGCCCCAUUCUCUCGCUUUCCAUCACCCCGCCCCAUUCUCCCGCUUUCCAUCACCCCGCCCCAUUCUCCCUCUUUCCAUAACCCCGCCCCAUUCUCCCUCUUUCCAUCACCCUGCCCCAUUCUCCCUCUUUCCAUCACCCCGCCCCAUUCUCCCGCUUUCCAUCACCCCGCCCCAUUCUCCCGCUUUCCAUCGGCCCGCCUCAUUCUCCCACUUUACAUCACCCCACCCCAUUCUCCCGCUUUCCAGCACCCCGCCCCAUUCUCCCGCUUUCCAUCACCCCGCCCGAUUCUCCCGCUUUCCAUAACCCCGCCCGAUUCUCCCGCUUUCCAUCACCCCGCCCCAUUCUCCCGUUUUCCAUCACCCCGCCCCAUUCUCCCGCUUUCCAUCACCCCGCCCCAUUCUCCCGCUUUCCAUCACCCCGCCCGAUUCUCCCGCUUUCCAUCACCCCGCCCGAUUCUCCCGCUUUCCAUCACCCCGCCCCAUUCUCCCGUUUUCCAUCACCCCGCCCCAUUCUCCCGCUUUCCAUCACCCGCCCCAUUCUCCCGCUUUCCAUCACCCCGCCCCAUUCUCCCGCUUUCCAUCACCCCGCCCCAUUCUCCCGCUUUCCAUCACCUCGACCCAUUCUCCCGCUUUCCAGCACCCCGCCCCAUUCUCUCGCUUUCCAUCACCUCGACCCAUUCUCCCGCUUUCCAGCACCCCGCCCCAUUCUCUCGCUUUCCAUCACCCCGCCCCAUUCUCCCGCUUUCCAUCACCCCGCCCCAUUCUCCCUCUUUCCAUCACCCGGCCCCAUUCUCCCUCUUUCCAUCACCCCGCCCCAUUCUCCCGCUUUCCAUCACCCCGCCCCAUUCUCCCGCUUUCCAUCGGCCCGCCCCAUUCUCCCACUUUCCAUCACCCCGCCCCAUUCUCCCGCUUUCCAGCACCCCGCCCCAUUCUCCCGCUUUCCAUCACCCCGCCCGAUUCUCCCGCUUUCCAUCACCCCGCCCCAUUCUCCCGUUUUCCAUCACCCCGCCCCAUUCUCCCGCUUUCCAUCACCCCGCCCCAUUCUCCCUCUUUCCAUCACCCCGCCCAAUUCUCCCGCUUUCCAUCACCCCGCCCCAUUCUCCCGCUUUCCAUCACCCCGCCCCAUUCUCCCUCUUUCCAUCACCCCGCCCCAUUCUCCCGCUUUCCAUCACCCGCUCAAUUCUCCCGCUUUCCAUCACCCCGCCCCAUUCUCCCGCUUUCCAUCACCCCGCCCCAUUCUCCCGCUUUCCAUCACCCCGCCCCAUUCUCCCGCUUUCCAUCACCCCGCCCCAUUCUACCACUUUCCAGCACCCCGCCCCAUUCUCUCGCUUCCCAUCACCCCGGCCCUUUCUCCCGCUUUCCAUCACCCCGCCUCAUUCUCCCGCUUUCCAUCACCCCGCCCCAUUCUCCCUCUUUCCAUCACCCCGCCCCAUUCUCCCGCUUUCCAUCACCACGCCCCAUUCUCCCGCUUUCCAUCACCACGCCCCAUUCUCCUGUUUUCCAUCACCCCGCCCCAUUCUCCCGCUUUCCAGCACCCCGCCCCAUUCUCCCGCUUUCCAUCACCCCGCCCGAUUCUUCCUCUUUCCAUCACCCCUCCCCAUUCUCUCGCUUUCCAUCACCCCGCCCCAUUCUCCCUCUUUCCAUAACCCCGCCCCAUUCUCCCUCUUUCCAUCACCCUGCCUCAUUCUCCCUCUUUCCAUCACCCCGCCCCAUUCUCCCGCUUUCCAUCACCCCGCCCCAUUCUCCCGCUUUCCAUCAGCCCGCCCCAUUCUCCCACCUUCCAUCACCCCGCCCCAUUCUCCCACUUUCCAGCACCCCGCCCCAUUCUCCCGCUUUCCAUCACCCCGCCCGAUUCUCCCGCUUUCCAUCACCCCGCCCCAUUCUCCCGUUUUCCAUCACCCCGCCCCAUUCUCCCGUUUUCCAUCACCCCGCCCCAUUCUCCCGCUUUCCAUCACCCCGCCCCAUUCUCCCUCUUUCCAUCACCCCGCCCAAUUCUCCCGCUUUCCAUCACCCCGCCCCAUUCUCCCGCUUUCCAUCACCCCGCCCCAUUCUCCCUCUUUCCAUCACCCCGCCCCAUUCUCCCGCUUUCCAUCACCCGCUCCAUUCUCCCGCUUUCCAUCACCCUGCCCCAUUCUCCCACUUUCCAUCACCCCGCCCCAUUCUCCCGCUUUCCAUCACCCCGCCCCAUUCUCCCGCUUUCCAUCACCCCGCCCCAUUCUCCCGCUUUCCAGCACCCCGCCCCAUUCUCUCGCUUUCCAUCACCCCGCCCCUUUCUCCCGCUUUCCAUCACCCCGCCUCAUUCUACCGCUUUCCAUCACCCCGCCCCAUUCUCCCUCUUUCCAUCACCCCGCCCCAUUCUCCCGCUUUCCAUCUCCACGCCCCAUUCUCCCGCUUUCCAUCACCACGCCCCAUUCUCCUGUUUUCCAUCACCCCGCCCCAUUCUCCCGCUUUCCAGCACCCCGCCCCAUUCUCCCGCUUUCCAUCACCCCGCCCGAUUCUCCCUCUUUCCAUCACCCCUCCCCAUUCUCUCGCUUUCCAUCACCCCGCCCCAUUCUCCCUCUUUCCAUAACCCCGCCCCAUUCUCCCUCUUUCCAUCACCCUGCCCCAUUCUCCCUCUUUCCAUCACCCCGCCCCAUUCUCCCGCUUUCCAUCACCCCGCCCGAUUCUCCCGCUUUCCAUCACCCCGCCCCAUUCUCCCGUUUUCCAUCACCCCGCCCCAUUCUCCCGCUUUCCAUCACCCCGCCCCAUUCUCCCUCUUUCCAUCACCCCGCCCAAUUCUCCCGCUUUCCAUCACCCCGCCCCAUUCUCCCGCUUUCCAUCACCCCGCCCCAUUCUCCCUCUUUCCAUCACCCCGCCCCAUUCUCCCGCUUUCCAUCACCCGCUCCAUUCUCCCGCUUUCCAUCACCCCGCCCCAUUCUCCCUCUUUCCAUCACCCCGCCCCAUUCUCCCGCUUUCCAUCACCCGCUCCAUUCUCCCGCUUUCCAUCACCCCUGCCCCAUUCUCCCACUUUCCAUCACCCCGCCCCAUUCUCCCGCUUUCCAUCACCCCGCCCCAUUCUCCCGCUUUCCAUCACCCCGCCCCAUUCUCCCGCUUUCCAGCACCCCGCCCCAUUCUCUCGCUUUCCAUCACCCCGCCCCUUUCUCCCGCUUUCCAUCACCCCGCCUCAUUCUACCGCUUUCCAUCACCCCGCCCCAUUCUCCCUCUUUCCAUCACCCCGCCCCAUUCUCCCGCUUUCCAUCUCCACGCCCCAUUCUCCCGCUUUCCAUCACCACGCCCCAUUCUCCUGUUUUCCAUCACCCCGCCCCAUUCUCCCGCUUUCCAGCACCCCGCCCCAUUCUCCCGCUUUCCAUCACCCCGCCCGAUUCUCCCUCUUUCCAUCACCCCUCCCCAUUCUCUCGCUUUCCAUCACCCCGCCCCAUUCUCCCUCUUUCCAUAACCCCGCCCCAUUCUCCCUCUUUCCAUCACCCUGCCCCAUUCUCCCUCUUUCCAUCACCCCGCCCCAUUCUCCCGCUUUCCAUCACCCCGCCCGAUUCUCCCGCUUUCCAUCACCCCGCCCCAUUCUCCCGUUUUCCAUCACCCCGCCCCAUUCUCCCGCUUUCCAUCACCCCGCCCCAUUCUCCCUCUUUCCAUCACCCCGCCCAAUUCUCCCGCUUUCCAUCACCCCGCCCCAUUCUCCCGCUUUCCAUCACCCCGCCCCAUUCUCCCUCUUUCCAUCACCCCGCCCCAUUCUCCCGCUUUCCAUCACCCGCUCCAUUCUCCCGCUUUCCAUCACCCCGCCCCAUUCUCCCGCUUUCCAUCACCCGCUCCAUUCUCCCGCUUUCCAUCACCCCGCCCCAUUCUCCCGCUUUCCAUCACCCCGCCCCAUUCUCCCGCUUUCCAUCACCCCGCCCCAUUCUCCCGCUUUCCAUCACCCCGCCCCAUUCUCCCGCUUUCCAGCACCCCGCCCCAUUCUCUCGCUUUCCAUCACCCCGCCCCUUUCUCCCGCUUUCCAUCACCCCGCCUCAUUCUCCUGCUUUCCAUCACCCCGCCCCAUUCUCCGUCUUUCCAUCACCCCGCCCCAUUCUCCCGCUUUCCAUCACCACGCCCCAUUCUCCCGCUUUCCAUCACCACGCCCCAUUCUCCUGUUUUCCAUCACCCCGCCCCAUUCUCCCGCUUUCCAGCACCCCGCCCCAUUCUCCCGCUUUCCAUCACCCCGCCCGAUUCUCCCUCUUUCCAUCACCCCUCCCCAUUCUCUCGCUUUCCAUCACCCCGCCCCAUUCUCCCUCUUUCCAUAACCCCGCCCCAUUCUCCCUCUUUCCAUCACCCUGCCCCAUUCUCCCUCUUUCCAUCACCCCGCCCCAUUCUCCCGCUUUCCAUCUCCCCGCCCCAUUCUCCCGCUUUCCAUCGACCCGCCCCAUUCUCCCACCUUCCAUCACCCCGCCCCAUUCUCCCACUUUCCAGCACCCCGCCCCAUUCUCCCGCUUUCCAUCACCCCGCUCGAUUCUCCUGCUUUCCAUCACCCCGCCCCAUUCUCCCGUUUUCCAUCACCCCGCCCCAUUCUCCCGCUUUCCAUCACCCCGCCCCAUUCUCCCUCUUUCCAUCACCCCGCCCAAUUCUCCCGCUUUCCAUCACCCCGCCCCAUUCUCCCGCUUUCCAUCACCCCGCCCGAUUCUCCUGCUUUCCAUCACCCCGCCCCAUUCUCCCCACCCCGCCCCAUUCUCCCGCUUUCCAUCACCCCGCCCGAAUCUCCCUCUUUCCAUCACCCCGCCCAUUCUCUCGCUUUCCAUCACCCCGCCCCAUUCUCCCGCUUUCCAUCACCCCGCACCAUUCUCCCUCUUUCCAUCACCCCGCCCCAUUCACCCGCUUUCCAUCACCCGCUCCAUUCUCCCGCUUUCCAUCACCCCGCCCCAUUCUCCCGCUUUCCAUCACCCCGCCCUAUUCUCCCGCUUUCCAUCACCCCGCCCCAUUCUCCCGCUUUCCAUCACCCCGCCCCAUUAUCCCUCUUUCGAUCACCCCGCCCCAUUCUCCCUCUUUCCAUCACCCCGCCCCAUUCUCCCUCUUUCCAUCACCCCGCCCCAUUCUCCCUCUUUCCAUCACCCCGCCCCAUUCUCCCGCUUUCCAUCACCCCGCCCCGUUCUCCCUCUUUCCAUCACCCCGCCCCGUUCUCCCUCAUUCCAUCACCCCGCCCCUUUCUCCCUCUUUCCAUCACCCCGCCCCAUUCUCCCGCUUUCCAUCACCCCGCCCCAUUCUCCCGCUUUCCAUCACCCCGCCCCAUUCUCCCGCUUUCCAUCACCCCGCCCCAUUCUCCUGUUUUCCAUCACCCCGCCCCAUUCUCCCGCUUUCCAGCACCCCGCCCCAUUCUCCCGCUUUCCAUCAUCCCGCCCGAUUCUUCCUCUUUCCAUCACCCCGCCCCAUUCUCUUGCUUUCCAUCACCCCGCCCCAUUCUCCCGCUUUCCAUCACCCCACCCUAUUCUCCCGCUUUCCAUCACCCGCCCCAUUCUCCCGCUUUCCAUCACCCCGCACCAUUCUCCCUCUUUCCAUCACCCCGCCCCAUUCACCCGCUUUCCAUCACCCGCUCCAUUCUCCCGCUUUCCAUCACCCCGCCCCAUUCUCCCGCUUUCCAUCACCCCGCCCUAUUCUCCUGCUUUCCAUCACCCCGCCCCAUUCUCCCGCUUUCCAUCACCCCGCUCCAUUAUCCCUCUUUCGAUCACCCCGCCCCAUUCUCCCUCUUUCCAUCACCCCGCCCCAUUCUCCCGCUUUCCAUCACCCCGCCCCAUUCUCCCUCUUUCCAUCACCCCGCCCCAUUCUCCCGCUUUCCAGCACCCCGCCCCAUUCUCCCGCUUUCCAUCACCCCGCCCCAUUCUCCCGCUUUCCAGCACCCCGCCCCAUUCUCCCGCUUUCCAUCACCCCGCUCGAUUCUCCCGCAUUCCGUCACCCCGCCCCAUUCUCCCGCUUUCCAUCACCCCGCCCCAUUUUUCCGCUUUCCAUCAUUCCACCCCAUUCUCCCGCUUUCCGUCACCCCGCCCCAUUCUCCCGCUUUCCAUCACCCCGCCCCAUUCUCCCGUUUUCCAUCACCCCGCCCCAUUCUCCCGCUUUCCAUCACCCCGCCCCAUUCUCCCUCUUUCCAUCACCCCGCCCCAUUCUCCCGCUUUCCAUCACCCCGCCCCAUUCUCCCGCUUUCGAUCACCCCGCCCCAUUCUCCCUCUUUCCAUCACCCCACCCCAUUCUCCCACUUUCCAUCACCCGCUCCAUUCUCCCGCUUUCGAUCACCCCGCCCCAUUCUCCCUCUUUCCAUCACCCCGCCCCAUUCUCCCUCUUUCCAUCACCCCGCCCCAUUCUCCCGCUUUCCAUCACCCGCCCCAUUCUCCUGCUUUCCAUCACCCCGCCCCAUUCUCCCUCUUUCCAUCACCCCGCCCCAUUCUCCCGCUUUCCAUCACCCGCCCCAUUCUCCCGCUUUCCAUCACCCCGCCCCAUUUUCCCGCUUUCCAUCACCCCGCCUCAUUCUCCCGCUUUCCAUCACCCCGCCCCAUUCUCCCUCUUUCCAUCACCCCGCCCCAUUCUCCCCCUUUCCAUCACCCCGCCCCAUUCUCCCGCUUUCCAUCACCCCGCCACGUUCUCCCUCUUUCCAUCACCCCGCCCCGUUCUCCCUCUUUCUAUAACCCCACCCCAUUCUCCCGCUUUCCAUCACCCCGCCCCGUUCUCCCUCUUUCCAUAACCCUGCCCCAUUCUCCCGCUUUCCAUCACCCCGCCCCAUUCUCCCGCUUUCCAUCACCCCGCCCGAUUCUCCCGCUUUCCAUCACUCCGCCCCAUUCUCCCGCUUUCCAUCACCCCACCCCAUUCUCCCGCUUUCCAUCACCCCGCCCCAUUCUCCCGCUUUCCAUCACCCCGCCCCAUUCUCCCGCUUUCCAUCACACCCCCCAUUCUCCCGCUUUCCAUCACCCCGCCCCAUUCACCCGCUUUCCAUCACCCCGCCCCAUUUUCCCUCUUUCCAUCACCCCGCCCCAUUCUCCCUCUUUCCAUCACCCCACUCCAUUCUCCCUCUUUCAAUCACCCCGCCCCAUUCUCCCGCUUUCCAUCACCCCGCCCCAUUCUCCCUCUUUCCAUCACCCCGCCCCAUUCUCCCGCUUUCCAGCACCCCGCCCCAUUCUCCCGCUUUCCAUCACCCCGCCCCAUUCUCCCGCUUUCCACCACCCCGCCCCAUUCUCCCGCUUUCCAUCACCCCGCUCGAUUCUCCCGCAUUCCAUCACCCCGCCCCAUUCUCCCGCUUUCCAUCACCCCGCCCCAUUUUCCCGCUUUCCAUCAUUCCACCCCAUUCUCCCGCUUUCCAUCACCCCGCCCCAUUCUCCCGCUUUCCAUCACCCCGCCCCAUUCUCCCGUUUUCCAUCACCCCGCCCCAUUCUCCCGCUUUCCAUCACCCACUCCAUUCUCCCGCUUUCCAUCUCCCCGCCCCAUUCUCCCGCUUUCCAUCACCCCGCCCCAUUCUCCCUCUUUCCAUCACCCCGCCCCGUUCUCCCGCUUUCCAUCACCCGCCCGAUUCUCCCCCUUUUCAUCACCCCGCCCCAUUCUCCCGCUUUCCAUCACCCUGCCCCAUUCUCCCUCUUUCCAUCACCUGCUCCAUUCUCCCGCUUUCCAUCACCCCGCCACAUUCUCCCGCUUUCCAUCACCCCGCCCCAUUCUCCCGCUUUCCAUCACCCCGCCCCAUUCUCCCGCUUUCCAUCACCCGCCCCAUUCUCCCGCUUUCCAUCACGCCGCCCCAGUCUCCCGCUUUCCAUCACCCCGCCCCAUUCUCCCUCUUUCCACCACCCUGCCCCACUCUCCCUCUUUCCAUCACCGCGCCCCAUUCUCCCUCUUUCCAUCACCCCGCCCCGUUCUCCCGCUUUCCAUCACCCCGCCCCGUUCUCCCUCUUUCCAUCUCCCCGCCCCAUUCUCCCUCUUUCCAUAACCCCGCCCUAUUCUCCCGCUUUCCACCACCCCACCCCAUUCUCCCCUUUCCAUCACCCCGCCCCAUUCUCCCGCUUUCCAUCACCCCGCCCCAUUCUCCCGCUUUCCAUCACCCCGCCCCAUUCUCCCGCUUUCCAUCACCCCGCCCCAUUCUCCCGCUUUCCAUCACCCCGCCCCAUUCUCCCACUUUCAAGCACCCCGCCCCAUUCUCCCGCUUUCCAUCACCCCGCCCGAUUCUCCCGCUUUCCAUCACCCCGCCCCAUUCUCCCGCUUUCCAGCACCCCGCCGCAUUCUCCCGCUUUCGAUCACCCCGCCCGAUUCUCCCUCUUUCCAUCACCCCGCCCCAUUCUCCCGCUUUCCAUCACCCUGCCCCAUUCUCCCGCUUUCCAUCACCCCGCCCCAUUCUCCCUCUUUCCAUCACCCCGCCCCAUUCUCCCGCUUUCCAUCACCCCGCCCCAUUGUCCCGCUUUCCAUCACCCCGCCCCAUUCUCCCUCUUUCCAUCACCCCGCCCCAUUCUCCCACUUUCCAUCACCCCGCCCCAUUCUCCCGCUUUCCAUCACCCCGCCCCGUUCUCCUGCUUUCCAUCACCCCGCCACGUUCUCCCUCUUUCCAUCACCCCGCCCCGUUCUCCCUCUUUCCAUCAUCCCACCCCCACCCCGCCCCAUUCUCCCGCUUUCCAUCACCUCGCCCCAUUCUCCCGCUUUCCAGCACCCCGCCCCAUUCUCCCGCUUUCCAUCACCCCGCCCGAUUCUCCCGCAUUCCAUCACCCCGCCCCAUUCUCCCGCUUUCCAUCACCCCGCCCCAUUCUCCCGCUUUCCAUCACCCCCCCCCAUUCUCCCGCUUUCCAUCACCCCGCCCCAUUCUCCCACUUUCCAUCACCCCGCCCCAUUCUCCCUCCUUUCAUCACCCUGCCCCAUUCUCCCUCUUUCCAUCACCCCGCCCCAUUCUCUUGCUUUCCAUCACCCCGCCCAAUUCUCCCGCUUUCCAUCACCCCACCCCAUUCUCCCUCCAUCACCCCGCCCCAUUCUCUCUCUUUUCAUCACCCCGCCCCAUUCUCUCUUUGA